CAACAGCGAGCCGAACAAGUCCUUGAGUCAGCCAGUCACCUUGGUGAAGUUGUCCAGCCAGCGCCUCCCUGUCCGGUCCAGAGCUCAGUGCAGACGCCAUGCUCCUCAGACCGCUGCUCCUGUUCCUCCUCGCUGGGAUUGUACUGCUCGGCCACUGCUCGGCGCAGAGGAUAAGAGUACGGAGACAAAACAUGAAGGUUCGCAUCAAUGCCACAGGCGACACCAUCAUCCUCAAGUUUGUUCGCCCGAACCCUGAUAUCAAGCUGGAGGGGUACAUCCUUGGGUACGGCAGCAGCAUGUUCUCCAAACAGUUCAUCCAGCUGCCUGAGGAUGGACAGCCCUACGAGACAGAGAUGGAUGCCGAGCCCAAGUACCUGAUUGCUGUGCAGCCCAUUCCCACCAAUGAUGUGAAAAAACACUGCACAGGGAAAGUGGACCUGGAGAAGCCCCUCCACCUGGUGAUCGGCUCUGUGACCCCCACUUCAGUGCUCCUGUCCUGGGGAACCCUUCUAAAGACACCCUAUGAUGGGAACAUCAUGAAUGACUGUCUGGAGGAAGGGCAUUACACAGUCCGGUACAGGGAGCGCAACAGGAAGUGGAACUACCAGACCUGCCCCACCAGCGACACAGUGAUUGACAACCUGAAGCCCAACACGCCGUAUGAGUUUGGUGUACGGCCCAACAAAGAUGAGCGCAGUGGGGCGUGGAGCAAGCCCAUCGUCCACAACACCAACUCGGGCGACAAGGGCAUGCAGAAGCUGUAUAAGCCCAGGACCCCAAAUGGAAAGCCAGUGAAACCCAUCAUGGCUGGACCCAGGGCAUUCUUCCCACCUCGACUUGCUUUUCACAACAGGACUCAACACAGAGUUCCCCACCUGCUCCAGAACUCCGGGUUCCCUGGGGCUCCCAGGACAUCUUUCGCGCCUCCCGCAAGCCGCCCAGGGACAGGCCCUGACCCAAGACCCAAUGUGCCUCAAUGGCCACAGUUGCCACUGGGAACCACAAAUAAUGUUAAAAAUGUCUUGUCCCAGUCUGAGGACCUCCCUCCCGCCUACCCUCACCCCCUGCCCACCAAACCCCCCACUACCUCAGCCCCCCCAAUCACUACCGCCGCUGUGAAAAACGGCGAGAAGCAUCAGAAACUGGCACCGCCCCGGGCCUCUAGUGCUACCCAGCGGCCACUCAAUCCUCUGGCAUUUGGUGAAUCGCGGAACGGACAGUCUCUGCCCAGGCCCGCCCAUGGCAAUGAGAGAGCCAAUAAUAAUGGCUGGGGUAAAGGUCUUCUGAGAAACGUGAACCCCUCCAAGGCCCACCUCCCCCAGGGUUCAGUCAUUGCCACGCCUGCCAGGAACCUGACAUCCCGGGGCAGAGACAUUUUUUUCUCCUCUCCUAAUGGCAUGAGACAACAUUUCCUAUCCAGGGCAACUAACUCAUCCCAGACCCCGAAGAUACAUGGGGCCAACGGCGAACAUCAUAAGGGACUCACUUUUCCCAAACCAGUCAUACCGUCCAGACUGCGAUGGGGACCCCAUGCACAGCGCCCAUCCCACCCUAUGAAGAUCAACCUGGUUGGCAAGCCAGGGGACAAAGAUAAGGCGAAUGACCUGAAGCAACAGGACAAAGCCUCCAUUCUGAGGCCUAAUCUCCCUCCCGUCACGGCCAAGCCUGCCAAACAGGAGCGGAAGCAGACAACAGCAGCUGAACCGGUGGUUAAUGUUACCCGCUUCGAGACCUGGGAGAACUCCUCUGUCUUCAGCUCUGUUCCUGCCUCUGACGUGGACGCCAUGGGCAAGAAACGAUACAUAGCUCCUCACGUGGUCUACAAGACGGACAAGAAGCCAGAUGAGCCAUGUUCCAUCACCACCUCCCUCAGUUACUUCCCAGAGGAGGAGGAGACUGGGGAUUUGAACGUGACAGCCCCACCCAGGACUCCACCUUCCAACCUCACCGUGGUAACAGUGGAGGGCUGCCCCUCCUUCAUCAUCCUGGACUGGGAGAAAACUGAUAAUGAGACCACAGGGUAUGAAGUCAUUUCCACAACAAAAGGUCCGGACGGUGAACAAGUCUCCAUCUUGACCACUAACCAGACACACACUGCUGUGGAGAACCUCAAACCAGAGAGCAGUUACGAAUUCUCAGUGAAACCGGUGAACCCGCUUGGUGUUGGCCCAGCCAGCGAACCAGUUGAGUUCAACACAGAGUCAGCGGACCCGCGUGUCAGCGAGAAUGUCUCAGGGAAAGACGCCAUCUGGACGCAGUUCCCCUUCAAUGCAGACUCAUACUCCGAGUGCAACGGGAAGCAGUAUGUGAAGAGGACGUGGUACCGCAAGUUUGUCGGCAUCCAGCUCUGCAACUCCUUGAGGUACAAGAUCUACCUGAGCGACUCCCUCACAGGAAAAUUCUACAACAUUGGCGACCAGACGGGUCAUGGCGAGGACCACUGCCAAUUUGUGGACUCCUUCCUGGAUGGACGGACAGGCAACCAGCUUAUGGCUGACCAGCUUCCUCCCAGGACAGGAUAUUACAGAGCAAUGCGCCAAGAGCCGGUCAACUUUGGCGAGAUAGGAGGGAACUCCCACAUUACCUACGUGCCAUGGUACGAGUGUGGAACACCCAUACCUGGGAAAUGGUAGGACCCCUGGGUCUGUCCUUGGAGAAGCCAGAGAAGAGGAUCAACACUUGGGGCAUGAGGGAGUUGCGGGGAAGAGGCGGGCUUCUCUUGGAUUUCCCCAAUCCUGGAUGAAGACCCCUUAAGCCCCUCCCAUCCCACCCCAGCCUCGCCCCACCUACUCAUGUAUAAAAGUGUACAGGACCUAAGUGUCAAGGGAUUUUAUUGAGCGCAUUUGUAACAUGUAAUGGAAACUUAGUCUCAUCUCAUUAUUUAUCAAACGUGACAGAGAAAACACAAAAACAUGAAUAAGUGGUACUUCAACAGAUUCUAGCAGGCGUAACCUAGCAGACGUAAAGACAAUAUUCAAAAAAAAAGGAAAAAAAAUACAGGGAAGCUGGCUCCCUGAAACUAUUUUGAUAACUUGUAUGAUAUUAUUUAUCAGAAGGUUGUAAUUAAAUAUUCCUUGCGGAGGUUUUCUGGUGACUUACACAAAGGGCGGCUAAGGAACAGCGCUUCAGCAGAGAAGAGGCGUCAUGCCUCUUCCAUACAUUACAAACAAUGGGGUCCUUCAUCUAGAAGACCUUUGAACUUCACAAAUACUGAUUCAGUUACAUGAAAAAAGCACAAAAAGGCACAGCCAUUCUCUAUAUGCACAUCCAUAUGCGGGUUAUUCAAACAUAUCCCAGUGUAGUCACACACAUGACAAGUCUGUGUGCAGUAACGUGAUGGAGCCUUAGUCAGUUAAAUCUGAGUAACUCCACAUGCCUCUAAUGUCCACCCCUCAAAAAAUCAUGCAAACGCACACACUCCAAAGAAGCCCUGUAUCCAUUUAAUAUUCCUUCCUUCAUUAGCCUUGCUCCAUUUGGUGGCUAUACAAUAGAGGGUUUUACAGUUGCAAUUUGCACAGUAUAAAUGUAUUUAUAUGUAUAUGGAGAGAAAGUAUUUUUGAACAAACUUGGGAAUCAGAAAUUUCCCACCAAGCCUGUGAACCUCCAACGAUGUCACCGGUCCCCAGUUAUCCUUCUUCAGUUCCUGUGUGACAUAUCCACAGGAAUGUAUUUAUAUACUAUAAUA